AUGCACGUUGUUGCCCUGAUAGACCAGAAGUCCAAACAAAAUGGUAUAGAUUUUGGGAUAGGUAGAUAUAGAUGCGAAGAGAACCAAUUUGGAACAUUUCGAUUUAAAAUUUUUCCUAGUGCAAAGUUAACAAAGUAUUAUCAGCCUUUCUCCGAGGGUGAUGUGGUCAAUUUGGUGGGGAAAUUUUCUUAUGAAACUGUAGAUAAAGUAGAAGGAUUUACGGUAGUGUGUUGUGUUGACACGAUCUCUUUUACCUUUUGUGAUUAUGACAUAUUGACUGAUAGACACAUCAAUGUAUCCGUUGCCACACCAUAUCCAAAACCCCCUUCCGGAUGUUGGGAGGCCGAAGAGAUACCGCUUUCUUCGCCAUAUUUAAGCUUCGUCACCCAGCCCAUUCCCGGAUCACUGAGACAGGUCGACAACAGUCAAUUUGUACGCACAAAGUCUACGAUCGAUUGCAAUUUUUCGCGAAGGUCUUGUGACACAAGGUUUCGAAUAGGAUAUCAGACUGACAAUGAUCGAUUCGAUAACAUAGCAACAAGCUGGGACGCUUACACCCAAUUCUUCGUCUCCGGAUUCUUCCUUCAUGCCGACAACAGCGAGUUAUAUGUUGAAGCAACCGAGUUGGAUGUUGACUUGGCAUCUAGAAGGUCGGGUAAAAACUUGAUUCAGGCUUCUCCAACAGGUUAUGCUGUGGCCGGUGUCAGUCCGUUGGCAAGGAACUUGUCGAGAUUAUUGGAACAAGAAAAAGGCUCACCGACUAUAUCCCCAUCCAUAACACCGAGGCUCCCCACGGAAUAUUCAUUUGCUAAGCCUAAUAACGUAAGGAACUCGAAUCCCACCACUCCCACAGCUGUUAAGAACUCAAAUGCAAAUGUACAACAUCCACAGUAUAAUCCCUCCAUAGCCCAAGACGAUUCUCUGCAUCAAGAUUUCUUAAGGGGCCUUCAUGCAUAUCAACAAAUAUUGCAAAGAAUUAAUAUCAAAGGUGCAUCUGCAACUCAUGCGCCCCCGCUAUCAAUGUUCCCUCCAUUAGCCAACCAUUCAAUUUCGACGCCAUUCCAGGAGCAGCAACCAUCGGCCGAACAAAUUGUGGAGUUAAUUGGAGAUCAAGGUAUGCAUCAAGAUCAUGCCGGCGCGUUAAAUCCUAAACUUCAGACACAAGACUUUGCUCAACAACAAAUGGAGAACGAUCGUAACACACCUGUUCAAGUUUCAUCCCGACAAAGAGUCCGCGAAGGCCUUCCGUCGAUGCAAGCGAUACAACAUUUGUCAAAUGAACAGACCGAGGACCACAAGUCAUUGACACAACAUCAACGCGGCCGGAGGAAGGAUAAGGGGAAAGUGUCGAAACCCUCGUCACAAAACGACCACGAACAAAUCGCACAACCACCACAGGAAGUAACGACACCUCAACAAGACUCCGAGUCGGGAGAAUCGCAAGACCUUCAUUCCAAUGGUAAGAGAACGAGAAGCAGAAAGGGUACGGGUGAAGACAAAUUGAAAUCGCACCAAUCGGUGACCAGGGCAACUUUGGGCAACAGAUUCUUAUUCUAUGAACCAAAGCUGCCGGAGGAUAGUGGUAGCAACGCAAACGAGGCGAACAAUGCUGCUGGUAGUUCAAGUGCGGGGCCUGGCGGUAUGUCAACUGUCAUUGCCACGUCCACCUUGAAAAGAGGACGAAAGAACAAAGAAUCAACGACGACAGGCCAGCGAGCGGCCAAGAAGUCGAGAAGUGUCAAAAAAUCAAACAACGACGGUGAUGACACGGCGUCGAAGGAGGAUGGAAAUGAAGCGAGUGAUGUGAACACGCCUGCAUUAUCAGCGGAUGUCGGUUCACUGGAAGGAAAUGAAGGGAAUGGGAAUGCAGGAUAA